AUGGAUCAGAAUUACGAUAAUCCUCCGUCACAGAAGUCUCAUUCGCGACCACGCAUGCCGCUUUCGUCGCGCAUCAAGUCUUCUGCAGCCGUUCUGAGGCCAGACAAGAGCACGUUUCCACGACUCGGGCAGUAUCUAAAAGCUUUCUUCCUGGACCACUGGCUCGACCUCGUUUGUAUCCUGGCCAUCGCCGGCAUAACGGGUGUGAUUUGGAUCAUUCCUGCCCGUCCGCCUCUACUCUUCCCGCUCCUCACGCCCGACGGUACCACCUACAAUCCUUCCAUCGGCUAUCCUUAUGUCACGCCCAUACUCUCCUCCCUCAUCACGGGCAUUCUCUGCGGCUGCAUACCCCUCGCCGUGAUUCUGCUCUCCCAAAUCUUCGUUCGAUCCUUCGCUGACUUCUCCUCGGCGACUCUGGGCCUCCUGUACUCGCUGGUCACGGGCACGUGUUUUCAAGUCGUUCUGAAGAAAUCCAUCGGUGGACUCCGUCCGCAUUUUUUGAGUGUCUGCAAUCCGGUCGUUCCAGCCGGACAUGUCGGCGUUGGAUAUAACGGGAUGAUGUACCGCGUCGGAGAUGUCUGCACCGGCAACCCAAGAGACAUUAACAAUGCGCUACAAUCGUUUCCGUCCGGACACAGUGAGAUCGCUUUUGCCGGGCUGGGUUACCUCUCGAUAUAUCUCUGCACCCACCUCCGCAUUGGUGAUGUCUCCACGGCCCGAAAACGGGGAUUCUGGCGUAUGAUUUUGGUGCUCAUACCGAUCGUUUUUGCGACUUACAUCUCGAGCACGCUCGUCUUGGGAUACCACCACUUCGCACAUGAUUGUUUGUUUGGGGCGGCAAUUGGCUGUUUGACCGCGAUGCUGGGCUACAGGAUUGUUUUUCGAAGUUUGCUCGAUGCAAGGAUGAACUGGAGGCCGAGAGUAGGGAGGAGGUUGAAGAGGGCUAUCGACGUGGAGAUGGAGAAGAGAAGUGAAGGGCAAGCGGGAAGGGAGGUCGAUGCUGAUGAAACAGGGCUCGGCAGCGCAACGAGGCGGUCAGGUCCUGGUGUGAGAGACGAGAGCAAUACAGGGGAUGAGCUCGAGAUGGAUACUCGCGUUUGA